AUGGCUGUUUACCAAGCGACUGCGUCUGCCCCCGUGAACAUUGCGUGCAUCAAGUACUGGGGCAAGCGGGACACGAAGCUCAUAUUGCCCACGAACUCAUCCCUCUCGGUCACGCUUGACCAGGACCAUCUGCGCUCGACGACGACCUCGAGGGCGGACUCCUCGUUUGAAAAGGAUAGGCUGUGGUUGAAUGGCGUCGAGGAGGAGAUCAAGGAGGGCGGGCGACUGGCGACGUGCAUCCGGGAGUUGAAGCGGCUGCGGAAAGAGGUUGAGGAGAAGGACUCUAGUCUUCCGAAGCUGUCCUCGUAUGCCGUCCAUAUCUCAUCAAGGAACAACUUCCCCACCGCAGCGGGCCUCGCUUCCUCUGCUUCAGGCUUCGCAGCACUCGUCGCCUCGCUCGCUGCCCUCUACCAACUCCCUGCUUCUCCCUCCCAACUCUCCCUCAUCGCGCGUCAAGGUUCCGGCUCUGCAUGUCGCUCGCUCUUCGGUGGCUUCGUCGCUUGGGAGAUGGGCUCCAAGUCCGAUGGCUCCGACUCUCUCGCCGUCGAGAUCGCACCACGGGAGCACUGGCCAGACAUCCACGCUCUCAUCUGCGUCGUCUCGGACGACAAGAAGGGCACGUCGUCCACCUCGGGCAUGCAGCGCACGGUGGAGACGUCGACGCUCCUGCAGCACCGCAUCAAGUACGUCGUGCCCGAGCGCAUGAAAGCAAUCAGCGCCGCCAUCCGCGCGCGCGACUUCGAGGCGUUCGCGCGGAUCACGAUGCAGGACUCGAACCAGUUCCAUGCCGUCGCGCUCGACACGGACCCGCCGAUCUUCUACAUGAACGACGUCUCGCGCGCGAUCAUCGCGCUCAUCGUCGAGUACAACCGUGUCUCCGUUGCGGCGGGCGGGAAACUCAAGGCGGCGUACACCUACGACGCGGGCCCGAACGCGGUUAUCUACGCGCCGAAGGAGAAUUUGAAGGAGAUCGUUGAGUUGAUCCUGAACUACUUCCCCCAGGCGGAGCCGUUCAAGGAUCCCUUUGGGCUCUUCGGUGCUGGUGCGCAGGGCAAGCUCGUGGAGGGCUUCAACGCGGCGGUGGCGAAGCCGUUCGGUGUCGGCGCUGUGAAGAACCUCAUCCACACGAGGGUCGGCGACGGCCCCAGGGUGCUGGCCCCGGAGGAGGCGUUGCUGGGGCCGGAUGGUCUGCCGAAGGCGUAG